AUGUCGGGGGCGAUCUUCGCGCCCGCCGAGGGCCCCGGCGCCCUGGACGCCCUGAGCGGCCACCCGCUCGUGUGCCCGCUGUGCCACGCGCAGUACGAGCGCCCGUGCCUGCUCGACUGCUUCCACGACUUCUGCGCCGGCUGCCUGCGCGGCCGCGUCGCCGACGGCCGCCUGCUCUGCCCGCUGUGCCAGCACCAGACGGUGGUGAAGGGCCCGGGCGGGCUCCCCCCAGUGGACCGACUGCUGCAGUUCCUGGUGGACAGCUCCGGGGAUGGCACGGAGGUGGUGCACUGUGCCAACUGUGACCUGGAGUGCACCAAGCAGGACGCGGAGCCCACCUACUUCUGCAACACGUGCGGGCAGCCGCUGUGCGCGCGCUGCCGCGACGAGACGCACCGGGCGCGCAUGUUCGCGCGCCACGACAUCGUGGCCCUGGGCCAGCGCAGCCGCGACGUGCUCCAGAAGUGCCCGCUGCACGCCGAGCCCUACAUCAUGUUCUCCGCCGACAAGAGGUCGCUGCUGUGCAUCCGCUGCUUCCGCGACAUGCAGGGGGAGAGCCGCGCGCACUGCGUGGACCUGGAGUCCGCCUACGUGCAGGGCUGCGAGCGGCUGGAGCAGGCGGUGCUGGACGUGAAGGCGCUGCAGACGGCCGCGCGCGAGGCCAUGGCGCUGCUGCGCGCCCGCGUGGAGGAGGUGCGGCGCAGCGCCGCGGACGAGGAGGCCGCCAUCCACGCGCUUUUCGGCAGCGUGCAGGACAAGCUGGCUGAGAGGAAGGACCUGCUGCUGCAGGCUGUGCAGAGCCAGUACGAAGAGAAGGACAAGGCCUUCAAGGAGCAGCUGUCCCACUUGGCCACUCUGCUGCCCACCCUGCAGGUCCACCUGGUCAUCUGCUCUUCCUUCCUCAGCUUGGCCAACAAGGCCGAGUUCCUGGACCUGGGAUACGAGCUCAUCCAGAGGCUGCAGGGCGUCGUCACGCGGCCACAUCGCCUCCGGCCCGCACAGAGCAGCAAGAUUUCCAGCGACCACCACGCCGAGUUCGCGCGCUGCUUGGAGCCACUGCUGCUGCUGGGGCGUCGGGCACCAGGGGCCAGUGGCGGCACCAACACGUUAGCAGGGGGCCCAGGCCCCAAGGUGCUCAUGGGGCCUGGCUGCCCUUCCCCGGUGGGAAAGAUGUUGGGGUCACCCGUCCAGAAGCCCACGCCGCACCGGUCCAUCAGCACCAAGGUGCUGCUGGCCGAGGGCGAGGACACACCCUUCGCGGAGCACUGCCGCCACUACGAGGGCUCCUACCAGCGCCUGCAGGCUGAGAUGCAGAACCUGAAGGACCAGGUGCAGGAGCUGCACCGCGACCUCACCAGGCACCACUCGCUCAUCAAGGCCGAGAUCAUGGGGGACAUUCUGCGCAAGGCCCUGCAGCUGGACGCGCAGAUCGCCGCGGAGCACGCGUGCGUGGAGGGCAUGCGCGCGCUCUUCCAGGAGAUCUGGGAGGAGUCCUACCAGCGAGUGGCCAAUGAGCAGGAGAUUUACGAAGCCCAGCUCCAUGACCUUCUCCAGCUGAAACAGGAGAAUGCCUACCUGACCACCAUCACCAAGCAGAUCACGCCCUAUGUCCGCUCCAUUGCCAAGGUGAAGGAGCGGCUGGAGCCCAGGCUCCAGGCCCCCGCAGAGGAGCAGCCAGAGCACCGGCCAAGCCUGCUGGAGGACGGCAGGAGCGGCGAGGCCCAGGCCAGGAGCGAAGCCAGCGGGGUCGCAGACAGGAGGCGACAUCAGAGCCUGGAGGAACCAGCCGGGCGCCGGGAGCUCACGGAGGAGCCAUCGGCGAAAAGCAAAGGUCAUCACAGACCCAAGCAGAAAAAUGGGGGUGAUGUCUCCACCUGGAGAGAGCCCCCGACCUAGCAAACGGGGCCCCUUAUGCCAGCACCGGGGCAUUUGAGAGGCGGUUCCCCUCUUGGUAAUUUUUGAAGGGUAAUCCUUUCUCAAUAAAGGCAGGCUCUGGCGUGCACGUU